UACAAUUUGGGACAGAUGAAAAAGAAAAACAGGACUAUCAAAGUGGGACGGAGGGAGUACAAUCUGUUGAUGAUAUGCUUGGAUACGAUAUCCCAGAACUUCUUAAGAAUUUCCGGAAUCCAUAUGAUUGAUAUGCAUAUAUCUGCUAUCAAAUAACAGCAGCUUUUUUUGGGUAAGAGAAAUCAGAAGAAUAUUGCUGAUGAUUGGCCGCCCAUACGUUCAACUUCUUCUGACGGCAUGAUUUAUGCGGAAAACUAGGACGCUGUACACUUCGAAUAGGCGAGCUAGUGUGAAAUUUGCAGUGACAUGAAUAAUUAUUCAGAUCGUAUUGUCUUUUGAUUUUCUUGGCAUUCUUACAAAAAUAAUAUAUAAUUCCAUUUACAAAACUAAUAUAGUUCCUACCCAGAUACUGUUACUAAACUCAGCGUUUUCAAGUACAUUUCCUUUUUCUCAGAUACAUGGCGUAAAAGGAAACAAGAGAAAUCUUAACAAAGACACAAAAUUUACCAAGAUUUGCCUUCUCAUAAUUGAUGGUAUUCCACUCUUCCACUGCGUAAGCGUAAGAACAUACCAAAAAAUAUUGCUUCUCAAUAUUUUGUAUUGAGAACAUACCAAAAGAUGGCUGGAGUCCGAAUAUGUUGUAUAUGUAAACGAUAUCAUACCAAAUUUACGUUAUUACCGUUUCCGCCCCAUUCAAUAGAUAUUCACCUUCUCUGUGGUCACCAAAUAUGUCGUUUCUUAGAUCGACAAAAACCCUUUUGCAUCCAAAGAAGGCCUUGAAGGAUCUGAUGGCCAACGUAGGAGCCAAAAUACACCAAUUUAUGAUGGCUUGCAACUUCGGCAAAAUUUUCAAAAUCGACAGAACCUCUAAUCCUCAUCUUUGUGGCGAGCCCACCCCUCGUGUUUCCGUCUCUUCUCCUAGCGAAAGUGAUCAUGCUGAUCAUACACCGGCUGCAAUUCAUUCACCAAAGAGUGUACCACCAGUUUUCUGUCCACUUCCCAUUCAAUACUCAACAGAUUCUAGUGGUGCCGACGACACCAAAGACGAGGAGCAGGAGGAGGAGGAGAAAGAGAGUCAUGUGUUGGACUAUAUUGUAACGUUUCCUGACUCCGACUCCGACUCUGGUGCUGAUGAAUUAUCGAAGGUGCCUGACGGGUGCUUGUGUCCUGAUCAAGAAUAUACCGUAACAUUUCCUGACAGUACCGACUCUGAGUCUGAAUCUGAUGCGGAGGAAGAGCAAGUGUUUGUCCAUAAAGAUCAUUGCUUGAAUUCUGAUGAUGGUGAUGACCAAUUUCACUUUGCGACGCCUCAUCAAGAGGAGGACAUGUAUGCUCAUCAACACUGUGGGUUCCAAUGUCAUCAUCACGAUUAUCAUGGGGACCGUCAUCAUCACGAUGAAGGUUAUGGGUACCAAUAUUAUGGCUGGACAGGCUUUUACUAUGUUAGACAACCUCCAUUCUGAUAUACUACAAUCUUCUUCCAUUACUGACCCCCGAUUUGAUAACAUAUUAUAUUUUUGUUUCGGGAUUUUAUUGCGUUCUUGUCAUCAGGUUCAGGAUUGCUUGU